GUGUGGGUUUUCUAAGGAAUAAUAUUUAUAGCCUUAGCUUUGUGCAGCAAAGUUUAUAGCACGUGUGAGUUUACAAUUUCAUUUUUAAAAGAAAUCUCUGACUCUCCAGAAGACAGCAAAAAAGGCAAGGGUUAGUCCACUCUCUAUCUAUCUCUCUCCCCCUCUCUCCCUCUCUCUCUCUCUCUCUCUCACACACACACACACACACACACACACACGCACACACACAUACACAGACAGACAUACACACACAUACAUACAUACACACACACACAGAUACACAUACACAUACACACACACACAUACACACACACACACACACACACACACACACACACACACACACACACACACAAAUUACCGACGCUCCUGUUUUUGAACAGUCUAAUCCGUAAACUAAAUUAAAGUACUGGCUGUGAUGAAGAUGCGUUCUUAAAAUUGUAACGAACCGCGAUGGAAGGACCAAACGGGUCUCACUUUGGGAUAGACACUAUUUUGGCCAACAGUUCCGGCAGCCCGGUGCUGAUCAACGGUGAUUAUCGUCACGGCGACAGCAGGACUUCAGAUUUUCGAAAUCAGGCCACCCCGUCUCCCAGCUCGGAGAUAGACACGGCGGGCACGGCUCCCCUUUCGCCCAUCUCCAUGGAGCACCAGGAACAACAUCUCGGGCCGGAGAAGCUUCACCAACAUCAGCAGCAAAGUUUGCAGCCGCCGCCGCCGCCGCCGCAGCAGCAACUCGCCGCCGGCGGCUCUGGUCCCAGGACUUCCACCUCUUCGUUUUUAAUCAAAGAUAUCUUGGGCGACAGCAAACCUCUGGCAGCCUGUGCCCCUUACAGUACCAGUGUCUCCUCACCCCAUACUCCGAAACCAGACGGAGAGUCCUUCCGGCAGAAGGUAGAUUCCGAAGAGACGAAGAACAAACUCGACAAACGAGAUGACACAGCAAGUGAUAACAUCAAAUGUAACGGAACAAAAGAAGAAGGCGACCGUGAAAUAACGAGUAGCCGGGAAAGUCCUCCCGUGCGGGCGAAGAAACCUCGGAAAGCAAGGACGGCCUUCUCGGACCACCAGCUCAACCAACUUGAGCGCAGUUUCGAGCGCCAGAAAUACCUGAGCGUGCAGGACCGCAUGGACUUGGCAGCGGCGCUCAACCUGACAGACACCCAGGUCAAAACCUGGUAUCAGAACAGGAGGACGAAGUGGAAAAGACAGACUGCUGUGGGGCUGGAGCUGCUGGCUGAGGCCGGAAAUUAUUCCGCUUUGCAGAGAAUGUUCCCGUCUCCCUAUUUCUACCAUCCAAGUUUGCUAACUAACAUGGACACAACGGCGGCGGCGGCUAUGUACAUGUACCGGACUCCACCGCCUCAUCCCGGACUGCAGCGGCCGCUGGUCCCGCGAGUUCUCAUCCACGGGCUCGGCCCGGCAGGACAGCCAGCACUCAACCCCCUGCCCAACCCUAUCUCCGGCACACCACACCCCCGGUGAGAAAUAGAGAGGGGGGGGCGAGAGGAAAGGAGGUGGAAAAAAAGAACCCACACACACACACGCACACACACAGACCGUGAAAAGCCGAAAAAAACGGACAUAAACGGACUCUGCUGUAAAGUAAGAGAAGAAAGGGUCGAGGGUAACGGACUUGGAACUUUGCACUGAUUUCUCGUGACCUUUUUAUCUGAACGUGGCAUGCACCAGAAUAGUGACAAGUGUACAUUUUGAGGACGGCGUAAUUUACGCGUAUUUAUUAUAUGUCGUCAGAGAAAUCCGGGUUGAAACUAUAUAAACAUUACUAAAGUACAAACAGGUUUUUUCCCUCAUUUUCAUUCAGCCUUUUCAAUCAAAUAAAUACUUAGAUCAAGUAAACUACUGUUUGAUUUAGUAGUUUGGUUUCUGUUUAUUUUAAAGAUGAUUGUGGAACAAAAUAAUUUAAAUGGAGUAAUUCUUUGCUAGUGCAGUAUAACCUGUAAUCAUUCUUUAUGGGAAUAGUGUUGCGACUGGAAGGACAUAAUUGGGCUGGGUAGUGAGAUGUGAUUAAACCGAGCGAGCCAAAUGGAAGAUAGCCAGCGAGGUGCCGAGCCUAAAUGAAAGUGAACUCUGCGG